UCUUGCGUACACAUAAACAAGCCGGUUCCAGGCACAGAUUCGGCUUACUAGGUUCAAAGAAACAGGUAAAUGACUAAUUGUUGCUAGAUACUCACAUGAAACGCAAUACACCCGUACAGGCAGCAAACAAUCAGCACACACAAGCAGCAAAUAACCAACUAAGUAGCUGCCAGAUAUGUUUCAUGUAUGGCUACGAUGUUCCAUCCUAACACUGAUUAUCGCAUUGGUUGAACAAAGCAGGGCCUGGACUGCCCGAGGGUGUGUCGAUUUAGACUCUUCCACCUUCGAUAAGGUGGUGGGAAAGUUUGAUUAUGCGCUGGUGAAAUUCGAUACGGCCUUCCCUUACGGUGACAAGCAUGAAGCCUUCACGAUGCUAGCUGAAGAAGUCGCAGCUAGUAACGAUCUGUUGUUUGCUUUGGUGGGAAUCAAGGAUUACGGCGAAAAAGAUAACACUGACCUGGGAAAACGGUUCAGCAUUACGAAGGAGUAUCCGGUUAUAAAACUUUUCGCACGGAAUGCAGUCGAACCGAUCGAUUUCCCUGCCGAUCAAAGUGUAACUGUUGAAAAUUUACGCAUUUUUCUUAAACGUAAUACAGAUUUAUACAUCGGACUUCCAGGAUGCACUCAAGAGUUGGACAGUUUUGCAAACAGCUUUCUAAUGUCCGUACCCAGCACGGCGAGAAGUUCGAUAAUUGAUCAGGUUGAAGCUAUAGAAAAAAGCCUUGAUGAAGCUGAUCCAUUGAAAAAAUCAUACAUGAUGUAUGCCGCAUUAAUGCGUAAAAUUAACAAUUCCGACAAGCUGCCAGCGGAUGUCGUUCAAGAGGAAAUGAAACGUAUUAAGAAAAUAUUGCAAGGUAAACUGAGUGAUACUAAACGAGCUGAACUAAAACUGCGUAUCAACAUUAUGCUAUCUUUUCAAUCGAAUCAACCGAACAUUAUAAAGUCGCAUUCCACGGAACUGUAAAAUAAACACAGCAUCAUUCUCAAAUGUGCAGUUAAGUGCACUUAUUAUUGAUG